UCGUGCACUGAUGACAUGACACAGUCGACGAACCGAGUAAGAAUGUCUGAAAACAACAGUCAAACAGACUCGCAGGAGGAAACUUCUUCAAGAAUACCCGAAAGAGAAGAAGAUGAAUUCCAACUCCGAAGAAGAAGGAUUGCGGACGUUUUUAUGGCUGCGUAUGGAAGAGAUCUUAAAAACAUUGAUCCGAAGAGACUAGUGGAUCUUCAGAAACUCCGAGAUGGUGAAGAGUUAGAGACGAACACGAAGCCAAGUUCUCCAUACAACCUCCAGACAUUGUUGUGGAUACUCGCAACUGCUGCUAUCCUGUAUUACACAGACCUAAUCCCUGCUAUUAAAGAAGACCAUCGAAUUUACAGAUCCUGGUUGUACUUGGGCCUUGUUUUGCUGGCCAUACCUGUUUGCAUUGGUGGUUACCUCAUUGUAUUCUUGAGCUGGAUAAAGAAAAACAGUGAUUGGGAAAACGCAGUACCCAUGGCAAUCCCACUGGCAACUGGAACGUUUAUAGCUGGUUCCAUUUGUCUCAACAUUGCUAUAUGGCCAGUGUAUAGUAUCCUGACUCCUGUGAUGCUGUUUACAUUAUUCAUGGGAUUCAUUGUUGUUGUCAGCCUACUACCCAAUAUUUUCUGAAUUUCUUAAUGCCAUAUAAACAUCAGGGCUAUAUUUGUAUAUAAUUGUAUGGACAAGUUUCCGUAUGGCGCCAUCACUUUUUCAUUCAAAAUAAAAUAAUAUAGUAUCAAUUUACCUGAUUGAUA